UUUCCUCCUCUCUACUGUUUAGAGUCACAGCACUCCACUACUUUAUUUUUUUCUCAGCUUUCUCUCUCUCUCUCUCCUCAGGAGAGUUUUUAUUUCUGAAGAAAUGACUCUUGAAGACUCGUUAAGAUCUCUGUCUUUAGAUUAUCUGAAUCUGCUCAUCAACGGGCAGGCGUUUAGCGAUGUGACUUUUAGCGUGGAGGGGAGAUUGGUUCAUGCCCACAGGUGUAUCUUGGCGGCGAGGAGUUUGUUCUUUAGGAAGUUUUUUUGCGGGCCGGAAUCGCCGGGGGGCGGCGGGGGAGCGGACCCAAUGGGGUCGAGGAUGGGGGGAGCGGCGGCGUCGUCGCCUCGGGGAUCCGGCGGCGGCGGCGGAGGGGGGCAGGUGAUUCCGGUGAACUCGGUUGGGUAUGAGGUGUUUUUGUUGAUGCUUCAGUUUUUGUAUAGUGGGCAGGUGUCGAUUGUGCCGCAAAAGCACGAGCCGCGGCCGAAUUGUGGGGAGAGAGGGUGCUGGCACACCCAUUGCACCUCCGCCGUCGAUCUCGCGCUCGACACGCUCGCCGCCGCGAGAUCUUUCGGGGUUGAACAGCUCGCUUUGCUCACCCAGCAGAAGCAAUUGGCGAGCAUGGUGGAGAAGGCAUCGAUUGAGGAUGUGAUGAAGGUUUUGAUUGCUUCGAGGAAGCAAGACAUGCAUCAGCUAUGGACGACCUGUUCACAUUUGGUGGCGAAAUCGGGUCUGCCGCCGGAGGUGCUGGCGAAGCAUUUGCCGAUCGAGGUGGUGGCGAAGAUUGAGGAGCUGCGGCUGAAAUUCUCGAUUGCGCGGCGGUCCAUAAUGCCUCAUCACCACCAUCACCAUCACCACCACCACCACGACUUGAGUGGGGCCGGGGCGGCGGAUCUCGAGGACCAGAAGAUCCGCCGCAUGAGAAGGGCGUUAGACUCGUCCGACGUGGAGCUCGUGAAGCUAAUGGUGAUGGGGGAAGGGCUGAAUUUGGACGAGGCAUUGGCGUUGCAUUACGCCGUGGAGAAUUGUAGCCGCGAAGUGGUGAAGGCGUUAUUGGAGCUAGGCGCGGCGGAUGUUAAUUACCCCGCGGGUCCCGCGGGGAAAACGCCGCUCCACGUGGCGGCCGAGAUGGUGUCGCCCGACAUGGUGGCCGUCCUGCUAGACCACCACGCCGACCCGAACGUCCGUACCGUCGAUGGAAUCACCCCGCUCGACAUCCUCCGAACCCUAACCUCCGAUUUUCUCUUCAAAGGCGCCGUCCCAGGGCUAGCCCGCAUAGAACCCAACAAACUCCGCCUUUGUCUCGAGCUCGUCCAAUCCGCCGCCAUGGUCAUUUCCCGCGAAGAAGGCAACACCGCCGCCGCCGCGGCGGCCAACCCGUCCUCCGCCGCCAUUUACCCGCCAAUCAGCGAAGAACACACGUCCAGCAUUAGCACCGGCAACAUCGGCAACCUUAACCUCGACUCAAGAAUGGUGUACCUAAACCUCGGCGCCGCCGCUCACCACCAAAUGGGCUGCAAGAUGAACGACGGAGAUGAGAGCAGCAGCCGCCAUAGCCACCACCGACACAGCAGCGGCGGCGGCGGCGGCUGUGAUCCAUCGUCAAUGUACCACCAUUCUCACGACUACUGAUCAAUCAAUUAUCUUUGUUCUCAUCUACUUACGUACGUCACUUUUCUCUCUUAGCUUCAUCAAAAGUCCAUAAUAUGUUCAAAUUCAUGGGUUUAGGAAAAAACAAAAACAUUAGCAAAGGUUGAUAUCUUGAUCAAUGAUCAAUUGGAACCUCAUGGAUGAAAGUAGUAUUACUAUUUCCCAGAUCCAAAUUUUCCA